AUGCGUUUAUUCGUUGGUUACAAAUCAUCAAAUCAAAGCUUUAAACAAUUAGAAGUAGAAACCGAAAGAGGUGAUGCCGGUUAUCUUCAGAUGGAUUGUGCCCGUGAAUCUUUCGCAUUUGCAACAUAUAAACCAAAAUCAGAAAGGAAAGUUAAAAAGUUUGUUCAUUCGUUAUAUAAUAAUGUUCAAAAAUAUGAUAACUCAGUAUGUGGUAAAUAUAUUGACCCUUCAGAAGUUUUCAAGAAAGCAAAUGAAGAAGUUGAUGUCACUUUUGAUAUGAUUAUUCCGGUAAAUGAUUUGUUAGCAUUUCAGGCGUUCGAUGAUUAUCCUAAAUCAUUUGGUGAUAUCAUUCUUAAAUAUUAUGUUUUCAGGGAUACUUUAGUAUUUUGUCAGGUUGACCCGUUAAGAGUUGCUGAUUUACAAAAUUACGUUUAUGAAAAGAUAACUGAUGAAAAUUAUGAAAAGAUUAUGAAUCAUGUUUAUAAAUAUGAUCGCAAAUUCCAACAAAUCGGACUUCCUACCAAAUUAAUUACAAGCUUAGCCGCUACAUCUGCUGACGCAACAGUUGAUGACGUUAUUAUUUCAUGCACAAAGAUGGAAGUUUUAGAGGAUAAAUGCAUUACACCAGGAUACGGUUUAAUUGAAGAAUCAGUUAAAGCAAUACCACGUUUAUUCAGUAAGGAAGAUCCAUUCAUGAUUCCAGCUCAACAUAUUGAC